AUGACUCCGGACGUGUGGAUGACCGCUCCGCCGAUGCGCGAGGGGUCGCCCAGCCCGGGAUGCAUCUACGGCUGGGCCGGCUGCCCCAUACUCCUGGGGAGGAGGGCCAGCGACCCAAUAGGCCAGCCCUCGGCCGAGGGCGCUGCCCCCAUGGACCACACGUUCUGCUUGGGCGCCGACCUGGCCACGGAGCUUCGAGAGUGCUCCAGACCCACCCCGUCGAGAGACGACGGCACACCCUUUUGGUACCGCGCCGAUCACAUCCAGGACCAUGAUGUUCUUACGGCACUGCGCGCCAAGGCAAACGUGUUUUCGAAGAUGGCGGGCGGGGCGCCGUCGCCGUCGGCAGCGGUUCAGGGGAGCCCCGGUGCUGAUGACGACGGCUACGCCAGGAUGAUAUCGUGCGCCCAGACGAUCGUGUCAGAGAGCGCGGCCAGAGUUCCCAGUCAGACGAGUGGCCUCCCGCCCGCCCGACCGGAGGACCCUUUUCAAGCCAUCACCGGCGCCCAAAUCGUCGGGCAAGAUCCGGACAGCGGAAAAUGGACGCUGGAGCUGCAUGUGACCACGGUGGUGUCGGGCUUCAUCAUAGCACCCAGCCAAAGUUGGCUCAGGCUCCUACGAUUAUGGGUCAUCGGGGAGAUCCAUGACCAAUCCGAUCCUUGA